AAGUGAUAGGUAUAUCUGAACUGAUCAAAGUUUGGGGCGCCAAUUGAAGAGUUGAAAAGUUUAUCCAGUUUUUGAGUGAGUGAGGAUGUUAUUGGCAAUGGCAGCCAUAGCAAUAGCUUCACCAAAUCCCCUGCAUUCAUCUCUCACUUUGUCAAAUGCCAGAGGAAGAAGAGCCUUCUGUACUAGAAGAAGAACCCAUUCUCUGAAGAUUAGUGGGUCCAGUCUUGCUGAUGGCUCUGCUCUCUUCCAAGCAGCCCAUUACACUGUGGAUAACUAUAUUAAGAGUGGUAUGGUGAUUGGGCUAGGGUCUGGUAUAGCUUCUGGUAUGGCCAUGCAGUAUAUAGGUCUGCAACUUGGAGCUGGUGCUUUUAAGGACAUAGUGGGGAUACCGAUGUCAGUAGCAUCUGCAAAUGAGGCGGCAAAGGCAGGAAUUCCGUUGGGUCAUUAUGAGGAUAGUUCUCGAAUUGAUUUUGCAUUUGAUGAUGCUGAUAUAAUAGAAGAAAGGACACUUAUUGCUGUCAUUGGGAGAACAAGAUCGCAGGGUGAGGAGUCUAUAAUCCAAGAGAAGACUAUAUUGAACGCAGCCAAUAAACUUGUCUUCAUAGUCAGAGAAAACCAGUAUAAAUGUGGUAUGGAUGGCUCUAUUCCAGUUCUGGUAAAUCCUGUAAACUGGAUGGAAACUGCUGAAGAGAUUGAUGACCUGUUUUUAGGUGAUGCAGAGCUCUGGAGGAGACCCUCAGUUGGGCUGGCAGGGCCUCAUGGUGGUCAGUUCCCUCUAGUCACCAGAGAAGGCCAUAACGUUAUUGAUGUCAUAUUUACAUCUCCAAUUCUAAGCCUUGCUGAAGUAUCAAUGAGCCUUGAUAAUAUUGAUGGAGUCAUAGAGCAUGGAAUCAUUUCCAAGUUCCCAUGCACCGCAGUAAUUGCUUCGGAGAGUGGGCUGUCUGUUGUUGAUAAUGUGCCAAAGAAUGCAGUAAAGGAACCUUAAUAGCUCGACCACGCAUCUCUCUCACCGGGUGCAUUGGUAUUCUUUCCCCCUUUCUAGAACAUAAGCUUCUGUAGAGAUUUUACUCUUCAUCAGCAACCCCCAUAUUUAUUGUGUGCCAUUCUCAUAUGGCUUUAAUACAUAAUAUAUUGUAGCCAUCUAUACGUAUAGCAUAUGUCUGUUUGCUGAUAGGUAUGGAACUCAGGUUGGAUGAACCUACCUACCUGCUUUUGGAGAAACUGGGUCUAUGUGAUUAAUUUGAGCAUAUACAAACACAGGAACCUUCAUACUGACAAAUUCAAGUAUAUGAUAUGUUUGUAUAAUUAUGCAAAACUUGUUUUGUUCGAGUAAUAACAGUGGAUUCUUG